AUGGGGUUUGAUAGGCUUCUUCAGUCAUGGUGGCUGCUGUCUAUAUCAUUAUUGGUACCCUUAAACUUGCAAAACUGGGCUAAUGCAGAAUCCCAACUGCCCUGCUACUUUAUUUUUGGGGACUCAUUAUCCGAUAAUGGGAACAAUAAUAACCUCGUAACGUUGGCCAAAGUGAACUAUCCGCCAUACGGGAUUGACUUCCCGAAAGGACCAACGGGAAGGUUUAGCAAUGGCCGAAAUAUGCAGGAUAUUAUUGUUGAACUUCUGGGUUUCAAAGAUUCUAUGCCUCCCUUUGUCAAAGCGAAAGGGAUAAACAUUCUCAAAGGUGUGAAUUAUGCCUCUGGUUCCGCAGGAAUUCGUGAUGAAAGUGGAAGGCAACUGGGUGCUCGAAUAUCCCUGAACGAGCAGAUAAAAAAUCACGGAAUUAUAAUCAAAAGAAUCACUAGGAUAUUAGGGAAUGAUUCAUCAACAAAGAAGCUUCUAAGUCGAUGCAUUUAUUCGGUUCAAAUCGGCAGCAAUGACUACAUUAACAAUUAUUUCAAGCCAGAGUUCUACAACACCAGCCGCCAAUACACUCCUGAGCAAUUUGCUGCGGUGCUCGUUCAACAAUACUCACAGCAAAUAAAGAUUUUGUACGACAAUGGAGGAAGGAAGUUUGGCUUGUAUGGACUGGGGCUGCUUGGUUGCACUCCGAAUGCAAUUGCAACGUACGGAACCAAUGGCUCUCUCUGCGUAGACAAGUUAAACAAUGCUGCCACCCUUUUCAAUGACAGACUUUUGCCACUUGUUAAGGAACUUAAUACGAAUCUAACCGAUGCUAAAUUUAGCUAUCUAAAUCCUGCUCCAGAUCCAAAACUUAAAGGGCUCUUCCUUAAUUAUUUUUUCUCAUGUUUCACAGUGACGAAUGGUUCAUGCUGCACAGCUGGGGGCGGUGGCGGAGAGCUCUGUAUUCCUCAUUCAAAGCCAUGUAAUGAUCGAAACCGAUUUGUGUUUUGGGACGGAGUCCAUCCUACUGAUGCUUUUAAUGAGGCCUUAGCCAAAAGUGCUUACGGGACUAAUUCCUCCACCCAAGCUUACCCAUUUAACAUUCAGAAAUUGGCAGACUUAUGUACGUUGUUUCUGCCCUGUUCCUUGCCUCAACUAACUUUCUUCCUUGUUCCUACCUUUCAUCUCUCUCACCUCUUUAUAUUUCCUUUAUCUUCUGCUUCAUUGUUGAUCUAUCUUUCAAGUUUCGUCUCCUCAAUGGCUAAUUUGGCAUCUAAGUGUCAGCCAUGGUUGCUUCUGCUCGUUUCCUUCUUGUUAGUCUCAAAUAUUCAGAACUGUUCCGAUGCAGAACCUCAGGUGCCCUGCUACUUCAUCUUCGGGGACUCAUUGUCGGAUGACGGAAACAACAACAACCUUGCGACGACAGCCAAAGUAAAUUAUUCGCCUUACGGGAUCGAUUUUCCUAAAGGACCCACCGGAAGGUUUACUAAUGGCCGAACCAUGCAGGAUAUCAUUGUUCAACUACUGGAUUUACAAGAAUUUAUUCCUCCUUUUGCCACUUCAAGAGGCAAAGAGAUUCUCAAAGGUGUGAAUUAUGCAUCUGGUUCGGCAGGAAUUCUCAAUGAAACCGGAGAACAACUGGGUGAUAGAAUAAGCAUGAACAUGCAGUUAAGCAACCACCAAAUUAUAAUCUCAACAAUUGCUGAGAUACUGGGAAAAUGUUCAGCUUCAAAGCUUCUAAGCAAAUGCAUAUAUGCGGUUCAAAUCGGCAGCAAUGACUACAUUAACAACUAUUUCAUGCCAGAGUUCUACAACACCAGCCGCCUAUACACUCCAGAGCAAUAUGCUGCAUAUCUCAUUGAACAAUAUGCAAAGCAAAUAAAGAAUCUAUACAAUAAUGGAGCAAGGAUGCUUGCCCUGUUCGGAAUUGGUUCGAUAGGUUGUACUCCAAAUGCAAUAGCUGUGUACGGAACAAAUGGCUCGGCUUGCGUAGAAAAAUUGAACAAUGCUGCUCAACUUUUCAAUGAGAGGCUUAUAUCACUUGUUGAUGAACUCAAUAGCAAUCUAACCAAUGCUAAAUUUACCUAUUUAAAUCCUUCUGGAACUAGCUUUGCAAACUCACUCGGUUUUACAGUGACAAAUGCUAGCUGCUGCGAAAUAGCGAGUGAUGGAGAGCUUUGCGUCCCUGAUUCAGAUCCUUGUGCUGACCGAAGUCAGUACGUGUUUUGGGACGCUGUCCAUACUACGGAAGCAUGGAAUUUGGUCAUCGCAACAGAGGCUUACAGUACUCAAUCUAGUACCGAAGCUUAUCCCCUUAAUAUUCAGAAUAUGGCACAGCUGCAGAGCAACAAUGAAGGAGAUACAAUUUGUCAAUGGAGUGUCCUGCGAGAAAAUUCUCGUAAGACAACGAAAUCUGAUUCAGUCUAAUCUGUUAGCUUGAAUCAUUGUAACAUGUCUAAUCCCAGUCCCCCGCCUUAAAAAUAAAGAACCAUGUUUCAAUAAUUGCUUCAUUUUAUCUGAAUGAAUCUGAAAGUCAAGGAUAAACAAAGUUUACAAGAUGUGCAUGAGAAUGAGAAAUGAUAGAGUGGAGAGCCCAUCUGAAACUGUGGCGCAUUCUGAAUAUAGGAGGGCAGAUUUCCUGGUGAAGCAACACGGAAAUCUCCCGAGUGGUCCUGCAGUAAUUGUAAAAACAAAAUAAUAAAAAAAAAAUUCAUGACCAGAAGCUUCUCUCAGCAUAGAAGGGAA